GGUCAGAGUGGAUAUCGAAGGAUAAAAUGACUGUCUUGACUCGAUUAUUAUUGAAGAAAUAGUCGAUCUCAAAGAAGGAUCAAACAUUGCUGUAUGACUGACUCGACUUAAUUAUUGUUAUAGGCACCUCUUGUUUCUCUGAUGAUCCAAGUGACUGAGAAGUCAUGUAUUCACAUCUAAAUCUCAUAGGAGAGGGAACAGUUUGCCUUUUUUCCUUCUCGGUUUUGGAUGAUUGCAUUCAAGGGAGUGUUGGCUUCUUCUCGUGUGUCAACCUCUUCCUUCUCAAGCGCUAAAGACCGCUCCUUUAUCUUGUCUUCCGGGCGGAGGGAGACGCAGGUAACUUAAGUCAGGUAAAAUAACUGCUAUUUUCCGACACAAUAAAUCUGUCAGAAAUCUCUCCAUUGGAUUUGGCUGACAUCAUCUUGUCCUCUUCCUUCCUUUUACCUGCAUUUCUUCUACUGUAUCCAAGAAAGCAGCUUUUCUCUCUCUCUCACUCGCGCGCGCGCUCUGACCAUCAUCACAAGUAAUGCCGUCUUCAAGAGAAAAGUGCGGGCUCAAAUGCGUACUCCUUGAUCAGGUAGCGGAGAACAGCUCCCGAGGACACAGAACCUGCACAGUGGUUUCACAUAAUUUGGUUACCACUAUUGUGCAGAGAGUUGCAGACGGAGAGGGUGAAGAAAGCGAGAGAAUAAAUGAGGCUGCUCUGCUUCUGUCUUCUUUUCUUUGCCUUGUUUUGUCCAUUGCAUGGGCUUGAUUGAUGACCCAGAUGUACCUUCUCUGCUAAAGCUCAUGGGACCCUUCCAUGGGCCAAGGUAAAUGAAGAAAGAAAAGACUUCUCUUUGACUUCUGGCUGGAUUUUUUUGAGCAGGGUGAAAGGAGGAAGAAAGCCACCAGGAUUCGCAACUGGUUGUGGUGGGUAAAAGUAUAGGAAGGUGAAAAGGUUCUGCUGAUUUCUUUUACCAUGUGAGAAUGAAUAGGAGGACUGAUUGAGUAGCUUUCUGCUGAGUUUUGUAGAAAACCAUCCUCUCAAGAUAUUAAGAUAUCAUUGUUUUGAUCUGAAGGAACUGACCUCUCACGCUUUGCUUUGUCUUUUGAUCAUCCAUGACCUUCUUCUAGUCCCAUGUUCCUGUCAUUUGGGCUUGUGCUGCCAAGGCAAGACUCACUCUGAGCAAAUCAUGGAGAAUCACACUUGGUGAAACUAUAGCAUUUGGCCAUAUGCUCUUUGGGUAGGGGGAAGGCAUAAUUCUUCUUCAGCCAUGGGGCCCACUAUUUUGGAUGUUGUGCUUCAUGAAAACCCAAUUCUCUGAUCACUUGAAAACAAAGAUCUGCUGCAUCCUAUAAGGAAAUCAGCCACUUCCUUUUUAUGGCUGAAGAAGUGAUUUCUUCCUGUGGUCUUGGAAGAACAGUGGGGACAUAUCCAGCCUGAUUUGGUUCUCAUCUCCAAGGCUCUCUGGCCUCAGCUCAUCAUCCAGAGAGGAGACAACAGAUGGUUAUUCUUUUUGGUAGCUUAUUGUCUGAGCACUCAAGAACAGUCAAGAGAGGAGGAAUGCAGCAUGGAACUCUGUAUGAGUCCUUAGGAGAUACUCCAGUCAGGUGAAGCAUGCAAGUCCAUAAGCAGAAGACAAAUGGGAAUGAGUAAAGGCACACUAAAUAACCCAGAAAUUUGCAGAUGUUUAUAACUCAGAAAUAUGUAGGAAUUAAUAAGGCUAAUCGACAAGAUAAAGCAUCCUCACGUCAUAUGAAGAUGGCACCUGAAUCUUAAUCUACCAAGUUCUACGUAUCAAGUAGUCCGUCAGUAGCUUCUUGAGACUGGAAUUUCAGCAGCGUGUGCCGGAAUGGAGAGUGAUAUCUUCAAUGGCUCACUAUCUGUCUUUAAUCAUAACCUUAUGAUUCUUGAUUCAGCAUCAUCAUAUGUGCUUUCAGAUUCUCUUGUGCAAUCGAGCUUACCACAUCACAACAGCCAUAGGCAAAUAUUGCAAGAAGUUACAGAUGACAUACACUUGAUAAGAAAUGGUGCCAUGGAAUGCAGUGAUGUUCCAUCUUCUAGAUAUAUCAGUCAAACUGGAAAUGCUUCAUGUUCCAUUGCUAGCCUUUUCUCUUCCACCACUUGUUUGCCUGAAAAUAUCAUCAGGGUUGAUGCAACCUCCAAUUUAGGAUUUCCACCAGAAGAAUUGAGAGUUCCUAUCUCCAACAAUUUGCCACAUUCAGCCUCACCACAUUGUGAUUUCGGUAUACAACAUGAUCCCGGUCUCCUUGCAUCUAAAAAUGAAGCCACUUUGUUUGCUGAACUUGAUUAUAGUAAAACAUGUAGUGUGGUUCAUCCAUCUUAUCAUGUAACAGGCAGCUCAGGUCCUGGUUGGAACUUCCAUAACUCUGCUCCAGAUGGUGAACUGUGUUUGAGAAUUGGCCAGUCUUCGGUUCCAGACAUGGGCAAUGUUGCUGAUCAAUGCUCUGAACGAAUUAAGUCAGCAGACAAUUCAAACCUACCUACUGAUUUUGGAGCCUGCAAUCAUGCUUUUCGGAAGUCCCUGCAUGAUUUUGGCUCAGGAAUGGCACAAGAGGAGGCUACUACUCACACCGAGAAGUUUUAUUCAGACGUUGGUUCUUCUGGUCCAGCUCAUUUCUCCCUUGUAUUGUUACGAUCAAAAUAUCUCAUUGCGAUCCAAGAAGUUCUUGGCGAAGCUGUCUCUUAUGCGCUAGAAAAUGCUAGUGCAGCAAAGAUGUCCUUUUCUUCAAGCUGCUCCAGUGUAAGGGAAAUUCCAAUACCUGUUUCAGAAGAACUUCCUCUUUCAUUUGGACAAACUGAACCCCUCGGAAGUAUGGAUAGUGGAUAUUCUCAGGAAGUUAAAGCUCAGCUACUAACACUGCUUCAGUUGGUUGACCACAGUUACAACCACUGCUUAGACCAGAUCCAGAAUGCUGUAACAUCAUUCCUUUGCCUAUCUCAGUCAAGCACAUCUGAGAACACCCCUGCUCGCUUCGCACUGCACACAGUUUCUUCCCUCUACAAAAGCUUGAGGAAGAGAAUUACUAGUCAGAUUCUUACGAUCGAUCAACAUCCAAGCAUAGCAUGGGCAAACGAGAACGAGGGAAGCUAUGAGUCAUCGCUGAUCCAAAAGCAGUGGGCUCUGAGGCAGCUGAAGAAGAGUGGCCAACAAUCUUGGAGACCCCAGAGGGGCUUGCCCGAAAAGUCGGUCUCGGUCCUCCGAGCAUGGUUGUUUGAGAAUUUUCUGCAUCCGUAUCCUAAAGACAACGAGAAGCAUUCGCUCGCGAUCAAAAGCGGUUUGACAAAGGGCCAGGUGUCCAAUUGGUUUAUAAAUGCCCGAGUUCGCAUUUGGAAACCAAUGAUAGAGGAGAUGUGUGCAGAACUCAACAAGAAGAGAGCAGAUGGAGGGGCAGGUGAGAGUAGGAGCCAUGGAAAUGUUGGUGUGCAGAGGCUUGGCUCAGUAUCAGUUGAAUGAGUUCUUUCCCUUGCUUGGUUGAAGUCAUUUCCUUCUUCUAUGGUGUCACUGGAUUCAAGAUCAUGUCAUGUUGGGCUGGUCCUAUCAAAAUGGCAGGUGAUCCAUGUAUCAAAUUAGAUUUCA